AUUACACCUGACACCACACAUUAUAUUUCAUCACCAUCCAAGAAUGGAGGGCUGCCAUGUUCUUCUGGUCAUCUUCCCGGCGCAAGGCCACAUUAAUCCCUCUUUACAAUUUGCUAAACGUCUUGUCAAUCUGGGAGCUAAGGUCACCUUAUCAACAGGCUUCUCCGCUAUGAAUCGCAUGUCGAGCCGGCCGGAAAUACAAGGCCUAGACUUCGCCCCCUUCUCCGACGGCUACGAUGCCGGAUUAGAACCCGCCGACUUAAAGGACUUCUGGGCUUCCAUGAAGACCAGAGGCUCCGACGCCGUGGCCAAGCUUAUCACGGCCAAGAAGGAGGAAGGCAGGCCCUUCACCCGCCUUAUCUACACCUCAAUCAUGUCUUGGGCCGGGGUGGUGGCGCGUGGCCUUCACGUUCCGGUGACGUUGCUCUGGACCCAACCCGCCACGGUUUUGGAUAUUUACUACCAUUACUUCACGGAGUAUGGGGAUUUGUUCAGGAAUUGUUCUGGGAAUCAAGUGGUGGAGGUUCCAGGAGUGCCGGCUCUGGGUGUCAGAGAUUUUCCUUCUUUUCUGUUCUCCACUGAAACAAAUGUUAAUUAUGAUUUGGAUUGGGCUAUAGAAGCCAUGAGAGACCAGAUUGAGGAUAUCAACGGUGAAGAGAACCCCAAAGUUCUAGUGAACACUUUUGAUGCCUUGGAGUUUGAUGCUUUGAGGGCCAUAAAGAAGGUGAGAAUGGUUGGGAUUGGGCCUUUGAUUCCUUCUGCGUAUUUGGAUGGGGAAGACCCUUCUGAUACUGCGUUUGGGGGCGACUUGAGACAAAACUCAAACGACUAUGUUGAAUGGUUAGAUUCCCAGCCCAAGAGUUCAGUGGUUUACUUAGCAUUUGGUAGCUACGCUGAUGUUCCAAACACAAUGCUAGAAGAGAUUGCGCAAGGGCUUGUGAAGAGUAAGAUGCCAUUUUUGUGGGUUUUGAGAGAGACAUCCAAGGGCGAAAAGCCCGAAGAAAAGUUGAGGUGCAAAGAGGAGUUGGAGGCGCAAGGGAAGAUAGUGCGUUGGUGUGCACAAGUAGAAGUUCUGCAACACCCGUCUAUCGGGUGUUUCCUGACUCACUGCGGGUGGAAUUCAACGCUGGAAAGUCUGGCUUCAGGAGUGCCGCUUGUGGCAUGUCCGCUAUGGAACGACCAGUUCCCGAAUGCUAAACUCAUUCAAGAUGUUUGGAAGUUGGGGGUGAGAGUGAGUGCUAAUGAAGAAGGGGUUGUCAAAGCUGAUGAGUAUAAGAGGUGCAUAGAGUGUGUAAUGGGAGGAGGGGAAAAGGGAGAGGAAUUGAGAAAUAAUGCUAAAAAAUGGAAAGAAUUGGCUAAGGGUGCAAUGAAGGAUGAUGGAUCCUCAUAUUUGAAUCUCAAGGCAUAUAUGGAUGAAAUGCUUAGCAGUCCAUAAAUUAGUAUUGAAAUUAAUCUUUCAAGUAGUUUUGUUUUGGAAUAUACCGAUAUUUUUACUUUUUAAAUUAAUCAAAUUUUUAUUUUGAAAUA